GAGAGGGCUGGGAAGCAGUGUAAAGCGCUAUAUAAAUCUAAGUGCUAUUGCUAUAAAUCGAGGACUAUCUGCAUUGAGCCUCUUCCAAGCAGGCAAACCAAGUCAGGAUUUUCCAAACGAUCCAGCCAGAACUUUCAAACAAAAAUGUAGAAAUCGGAGCUACGUUUCUCUUUGCGGGGUAAAAGCUCCACUUAUAGGAAGAAUCCACCUUUCAGCCCCCGCGGGGGAGGCAGCCUCUGCGGCAGCCGCAGACUACAACUUCCCCCCCUCUCGAACGCUCAAAGUGGAACGUUCCUUCCGCCUCGCCUCAUUUGCAUGAAGAAGGCGCCCCCGAAGCGAAAUCCCGCUAGGACGUUCGGGGGCGGAGCCAAUCUUCUCCCUUCUGGCCAAUCGUCACGGGAGGGAAAGGCAGCCCAAGAGCUAAUUGCCGAGGGGCGUGGCUACCGAGGGGAGGCCCGAAGCCCCGCCCCCGCAGCUGCUCUCUUCUUCACUGCUCUUCCCGCUGGUCCCCUGAAUUCUUCCCAGAUCUUAAACGAUCCCUUGAAGAUCCGCGCUGGAUCCCUCGGAGGAGGCUUCUAGGUCCCCGCUUCGGCCAGGUGCGGCCAGGAAAAACCUGCAGUUUUGCUCGCAAAUAGUCUCUGGUUACAAGGAACCGCAAGUGAGCCACUAUGGAAACUAUGCAAGAGCGGAAAUGCGUCAACCGAAGGAAUCAGGAGAGACUCUUUGAAUGCUCCCAUUGUGGGAAAUCCUUUGCUUACCGUUCCCUCCUUUUCAUCCACCAGAAGCUGCAUACGGGGAAUGGAUCCCACCUGUGUUUCCUUUGUGGGAAAUCCUUUCCUGGAGUGUGGAGCUUUGCCAAACAUCUCCGGAGCCACCCUGGACUGAAGCCUUACAAAUGCGGAGAGUGUGGAGACCGUUUUGCUAAAGGCUCGGACCUUGGAGCCCAUCAGCGAAUCCACCAGGGAAAGAGACCCCAGGAAUGCCUGAAGUGGUGGAAAAGAAUGGGCUUUUCUCAGAGGUCAGAGCUGCUUCAACAUCAGCAAAUCCACACAGGAGAGAAACGUUACAAGUGCGGCCAAUGCGAGAAGGCCUUCGCUCAGAAGUCACAACUUUGGCUCCACGAGGAAGUUCACAAAGAAACCAAGUCUUAUAAUCCGUGCGGGGGGGAAAAUGCCGAGCGAUCAACUCUUCGGAGUCGCAAGAAAAGAAACCGAAGGGAGAAAAAUGAAGAGUGCCCAGAAUGCGGGAAAUGUUUUUCCACCCAGGCCUUCCUGAUACGACAUUGGAGAAUUCACACUGGCAACAGACCCUAUCAAUGCUCCGAAUGUGAGAAACAAUUUACGUAUUUUUCAUCACUUUGCAGACACCAGAAACGGCACCCAGGAAAGAAACGCCAUACAUGUGAGGAGUGUGGGAAAAGCUUUGCCUCCAACUCCUAUCUUCGUGCGCACCAGGAUGCCCACACAGGGGUGAAACUGUACAAGUGCACAGAGUGUGGGAAAUCCUUCGUUGCAAAGGGAAGCCUGUUGCAACACCAGAUGAUUCAUUCCCAGGAAAAGUCCUUUCAGUGCAUCGAGUGUGGGAGGUUCUUUCUUACAAAAGGAGGCCUCAAACGUCACGUGAAAAUUCACAAAGGAGAAAAAGAUUACAAAUGUUUAGACUGUGGGGCAGCCUUUGCUUAUUCGUCGUCCUUAAGAAACCACUGCAUCAUGCACACCGGAGUAACCCCCCAUAAAUGCCCCGACUGCGGCAAAUACUUUGGUAGAAAAGCAAAUCUUUUGAAGCAUCAGCAAAUUCAUACCGGACAAAAACCUCAUCAGUGUCAGGAAUGUGGGAAAUCUUUUACUCUCAAAGAAUAUCUCCGGAACCAUGAGAAAUUUCACACGAAUGAGAAACCUCACUGGUGUGGGGAGUGCAGGAAGGGCUUUACGUGCCAUUCAGACUUUCAGAUACACUUGCGGGAAAAGUCCUUUCAGUGCAUCGAGUGUGGGAGGUUUUUUCAUACCAGAGGAGGCCUCAAACGUCACGGGCAAGUUCACAAAGGAGGGAAAGAUCACAAAUGUUUAGAGUGCGGGGCAGCCUUUGCUUAUUUGUCAAAUCUUAGAAAACACAAUCGCAGAAAGCACAUAGGAGCGACGUCCCUUAAGAAAGGUAUAGAGACGGCAGAAGAGAAGCCCUUUACAUGCUCGGAAUGCAGUAAAUCUUUUUACGAGAAAGCCCACCUUUUGAUCCAUCAGGUCACUCACACUGCAGAAAAACCUCACAAAUGCCUGGCCUGUGGGAAAUAUUUUGCUCACAAAGUAUACCUUAAAAAGCACGAGAUCGUUCACACGGGAGAGAAACCUCACAAGUGUGGGAAAUGUGGCAAGGAUUUUUCCCGCAAGUCCGAACUCCGGAUCCACGAGCAUAUACACACAGGGAUAAAGCCUUAUCAAUGCUCAGAGUGUGGGAUGCGUUUCAAUCACAAUUCAUCUCUUUGGAGUCAUAAGAUAACACACAACGGUCUGAAAAAGGAAAAGUGCCCGGAAUGUGGGAAAUGUUUUGCUCGUAAGGGAGCACUCCGUGUCCAUCAGAGAAUCCACACAGGGGAGAAGCCAUAUACAUGUUGGGAGUGUGGGAAAUGUUUUACUCAACAGCAAGGACUUUAUGUGCAUCGGUUUGUUCACUCGGGGGAAAAGCCUUAUAAGUGCAUCGAGUGUGGAAUCAACUUCCGUCAUACAUCAUCCCUUAGUAGACACCUAAAUGUUCACCGACAGAAGUGAUGGCUAAACUUUUUCCCAUCGCGUGCCAAAAACGGGGGGGAGCACAAGCGGAGGGUGCGCGGGCGCGCCCACCACCAUGAUGCUAUGCAGAUUCCACGGAGAAUUCGGCAACAACGUAGGCAGUACCAAUUUUUAACAAACCAGUUAAAUAAAAACAGAAUAAUGUACAGAUGGUUGGUACC